GAGAAUGUGUAAAUUAAAGUAGGUUUAGUAUUUACAGUCCGCUAAAUUCUUUAUAACAAAAAAGUUAUCACGAAACACAAAACCUUUAGGAAAAUGUCAAAAUCAAAGCGUUUUAGAGGCCACAAGAAACCUCUUAGUUUACAGAGGCACGAAAGUCAUCACAGUUUGAGUGGAAUUUGUGACUACAGACGGGUGAAGACCAGGACUUCCGAGCCGAGUUCCAUGCAACCAAGAGACGUCUUUAAAAUAUGCACAUCCAUGCUGGAAGCUCAAAGACGUAUAGCAGCUGGUGAAUUCGAAAAGAAAGUCGAGUCCUUGGAGUCACCUAAAACUAGUGACAACUCCCAAGCUGAGAAAACUGAAACACACAGCGAUGCCGCUGAAAAAUCAGGCAAAUCUCCUGGAAUACAACCCCGACCGAGUAACUUGAAACAAGGAUUUGUCUCCAGAAAAUACAAGACUUCGCUUUUUUCACCAUCCGGUAAAAUGGUAAAGAGUAACCAAUUUUCGCAACACUCAAAAAAUACCUACCAGUUCCAUGUUAACCAACCAAAAACUCUUGACAAAGCCGUUGAAAAACCAGAACAAUCUCCAGUCUCAAAACCCAAAAUGAAAUCUAUGCAACGCAGAAUCGUUUCCAAAAAAGGCACAUCCUCUCCAAGACCUCGCAACCGUAUCAUUGGUGGUGGCUCCCCAAUUCCAGAAUGCUCUAAAUGCAAAGAUCAAUGCACAGAUACGAUAACGCUUUGCAAAUCAGAAAACAACAAAUUGGAAUACUGCACAAAACCAAUUUUGGAAUCUCAUAAAUCUGCAUUAAGCAAUACACGAUCGUCACGGCGUGGAAGUUGUGUAUCCUUCACGGAGCCUGUGGCAGCGGACAUUCCCGUUUGUGUCAGGAAGUGUUCAAGUUCGGAGUCAAAUCAUUCCACAGCCCAAAACGAGAUCAUAUAUUCGGAGCCGGAUCAUGCCAAACCGGUACCAGUAGCUCCUACCGAGGAGAAAAUCUCAAGGAAAAAAUGCAAAAAGUACAAGAGACCCUUAAUUGUGGUGCCAAUGGGAGAGGGAACCAAGAACGAGGACAAGGAGGAGCCACCGAAGAAGAAAACCAGCAGAUGCUCGAUAUCUUCACUACAGUAUUCUGCAAACUCCCCGAAACAAAAGAGUUAUAUACCCUACACCCGUAGCUCCUUUCACCACGUUGAUUCCCUGAAUAAACUUCGAGUGUACUCUGCAGGCUGCCAACAACGUGAUCCGUCCCCUCAAUCGACGUCCUGCGCCACUUGCCCUAAUGUAUUAAAACAAUUGGGUGAACUUACUCGGAAGGUGGAGUGCCUUGAGAAAAAACAAAUCACUGAUAUUCGUCAGGAAUUGGAUUGCCUUAAAGCUACCAUAAAAUGCCUGUCCGAGAAACAGGGGAAGAAGGAACUCGAGCCCGAACCAGAGCCCAAGCCCAAGCCCAAUUCCAGCCUGGAGAGAAAGUGCUUAAGCACCUGCCAGUUCUGUCAGGGAAGAAAUUUACCCAUUCUGGACAGCUUCAAGCAUCAGCUAAAGGAAUCAAUUGGGAAUCGAAGCUGCACAGAUGUGGUGUUGUCCGUCUUCCUGCGGGCAGACAAUUUAUACCACGUAAAUCUCAGGGAUCUAAAGAGCGGCAAUUCCCUAGCCUGUUUCCUGGUCACAGAUAAUGCAAUUAUGGAGGUCCAGCAAUUGGGUCUCUUCAGGGACAUACUCACCUUCUCUGUGAUCGAUGUGCGGAAUACCUUGAAGCCCAAGAACUGCGCCUUGGGCAUCACCUUUGAGCUCGUCGAUACGGAGCGCCAAAAGGGUGGCAGUGACACAAUAGACAGUGGACUCUGCAUCAUGUGCAAGCCGCUUUUGGCUCGAGUCCUGGGACUACCACUUCACCGGCUGAGGCAUGUGUUCACGGAUCCGGCAAUUACCGCCAAUUACCUAAAGAAAUCGUUCAAGGGGAAUGUCUCCAGUAUAGAGCAAAUUUAACCAGACAAAGGCACUCGUCACUUUGUUUUAGCCAAAGUGGCUGCAAAAUUACCAUUUUAUAAGAACAGCUUUUUUAUUGCCAUUUCUAGAAAUUAUACUCUGGUCGUAAUAAAAAUUAAACAAAUGAUUUAUAUUAAA